AUGAUCGUCAAACUCACCCAACCAUACAGCUUCCUGGAUGACUACAGCGAGGGUGCUCAUCCACGCCUACUGCAGUCCCUCCUGCUCACCAACGCCACACAACAAACCGGUUACGGCACCGAUGAAUACACACACGAAGCUCGUCAAUUAAUUUACUCUCAAAUACAAGCCACCGACGAUGAAGUCGCCAUUCACUUUGUCCCCAGUGGAACGGCCGCCAAUCUCAUCUCUAUUGCCAGCUGUCUGCGGCCGUAUGAAGCCGUGCUGGCUGUAGAAACCGGACACAUUCUAGACAAAGAAGCUGGAGCCAUCGAAGCCACCGGCCACAAAGUCAUCCCCGUGCCUGGGGUCCGGGGAAAAAUGACACCCGAGAAUCUCGAACGGGUCUUGGAUCGCAAUACCUUCUUCCCCCACAUGGCCAAGCCGCGGCUGGUGUACAUCUCCAAUGCGACGGAGGUGGGCACGAUUUACACGCGGAGUGAGCUGCGGCGGCUGUCAGAGACGUGUCGACGGCGGGAUUUACUGCUGCAUGUGGACGGAGCGCGAUUGGGGGUGGCGCUGAGCGCCGAGAUAAAUGAUCUCACCCUGCGCGAUAUGGUCGAUUACACGGAUAUCUUCUGGAUCGGUGGCACGAAGAUGGGCGCCUUGCUGGGCGAGGCGGUCGUGGUGCGCAGAAGUCUGGCCGAAGGGUUUGAAUUUAAUAUCAAACAGCGCGGAGCCUUGCUGGGCAAGUCUCGCGUCAUGGGGGUGCAAUUUGCCGAGUUGUUUCGGGAUGGAUUGUAUUUUGAGCUGGCCAGACAUGCCAAUGCCAUGGCACGGCGCAUUUCGGCGCAGUUUGAGCGCAUGGGAUGGGAGCUGGCGGCCGACACAGAAACCAACCAGGUGUUUGUCGUGGUACCGGAUGCGAUGCUGCAUCGGCUGGCGGAGCGCAUUCGGUUCUACGAGUGGGACAAGCGUGAAACUGGCACGGUGAUUCGCAUUGUGACAGCUUGGGCUACGGAUGAGAUGGCGGUGGAUAAACUGUGUCAGUGGCUGGAGGCCAUCUAUCAGGCAUAG